AUGUCGAAACCAACAACUGCUAACGACAAAGCUCAGCUGCGGAAGAACAUAGCCAAAGAUAACAGUGGUCUAACUAAUUACAUUUGGCCUUUCUUGUACCCUGUCCGACUAGUCGUCAACCUCAUCUUAGCAGGCUUGCGACUUUUGCGUCCCUUCACACCUCAGCUUGUUCCAUUUAUUGUCUUCUUAUUGGCACUACCAGCUAUUGCCUUUCUCUCGCUCUCUGCAGGCUGGCUCGUCUGGAAGAGCGUCGCGGUAGGAUGGGAGACGGAUUUGUACCUCCAGUAUGGGGACGGUACUCCUCCUUUUGCAGAGGUGGCACUCCCAAAUAUCGUUGCACAGCAGCCGUAUGAUAUUACCAUCCAUCUCGUUGUACCUACCACGGAAUCCAACUUUGCGCUGGGCAAUUUCAUGUCCACCCUCUCCCUUGUCACACCCGCAAAUAGGACGCUCGCGUCUAUUCGUCGACCUGCGAUAGUCCUCCCGCCGUCCUCUGCUCCGUGGUCAUUUUUAUAUAAUAGACCAGGGACCGUAGACCUGCAAAUACCCCUGUUGACCUCUUUCGUACCGUCCACGACGCGCGUGAUUGCACGGAUAGAGCUUGGUCGUCGGGACCAGUGGAAGAGUAUAGGAUCUGGCCAGGGCCGCGAACUCAGCGUUCUCUCAGCGUUCCUUCGCGGCGUCGUCGUCCACAAGGGCAUACGCGGUCUCAUAAAUCGUUUCCCCCUGGUCUCUGCCCUCAGCGCGGGAGGCACCUUCUUCUUCAUCUCAUUCAUCAUUCUCGCAUCAUGCCUCAUCCCAGCGAUUGAAUGGCGGUACCGGGAUGAUACAAUUAUUGCCAGUGAUAUUCAAGAGAAGUCUCGCAGACGCGCCCGGCGCCGUCUAAGCGCUGGGGAUCUUGAUGACAAGAGUCCUCGUAGCUCAAAGACGCCGAAGAGAAGUAGGAGCGUGACUACACGUCGUCCGAUGGAACCCAAGCACGAAGAAUCGACCGCGUCUGUCCCUUCUGCACCCACCACUCCAGCUACAGGCUCCUUCACACCUCUCCGUCGUCGCCGUUCGCGGAUUUCGCAUCCUUCCGACUCAGAACAGGAUGCAUAA